CAGCUGUGCCUCUGGGGGCCCCAGGGAGUGGCAGUGCACACUCAGCCCUUUGGGGAGUGAUAAGGGGGCCCCUGGGCUGCUGCCCCCAUUUAUGGCUGGAUUGCUCUUCCACGUGGCUGCUGUGCCCAAGGACAUGUGGGAGGAGGCUGAGGAGCCCUUGUGCAAGGGGUUAGUGCCUGGUACCACUGGGCCAGCUGAGCCGGGGUGCCCAUUCAAGUGUGCAGGGCAGGCAGAGCGCCCAUAUCCACCAUCCUGACCAACCUCAGUGUCCCUAGUGGCCUGCCAGCUGAGGUCACUCAUGAAGAGGCCCAAGGCCCCUGCCCACAGCCAUGGACUCCUGUUCAAAGUGGACAGGCAGGACUUCAGACUUGGAGCUGAGAGCCUCUCUGCCAGGACCCUCCUCCCAGUUCAGGGAGGGCAGGGCCAGGCACAGCAGAGGCCCGGCCAGCCCUGUAAGCUCACUGGCCCCUUGCCGUGCUGCGAUGCAGGGUGGGUGCCUUGUCUGAGCUCCCUGGGGCCUCAUGGCAGCGUCUCCACCAUGACUUACAGAUGAGGAAACGAGCUGGGGGGAAAGUGUCCAGGGCCAGCAGUGGUACGUCACGCAGCAGGGCCUGGCUCUAAGCCCUCCGCAGAGAGGCCUGUGCCGCAAGAACCUGCCUGGCCCACACUGCUCUGAACAGUGCCAAGCAAGUGAGCAGCAUCUAAGCAAGUAGGCUGCCCAGCACACACUGCCCCUCACCUUGCCCCCACUGGCUUGACCAUGCGUCUGUGUGGCCACCUCCUGCCUGUUGGGGUUCUGCUCCUGGCAGGGCCCCCAGGCUGGGCCUGGGUCCCCAACCACUGCAGGCCUCCCAUUGAGGCUGUGUGCAACUUCGUGUGUGACUGUCGGGACUGCUCUGACGAGGCCCAGUGUGGUUACCAUGGGGCCCUGCCUGCCCUAGACACCCCCUUCGCCUGCGACUUCGAGCAGGACUCCUGCGGUUGGAGGGACAUCAGCACCUCAGGCUACAGCUGGCUCCGAGGCCGGGCAGGGGCUGAACGGGAGAGUCCUGGGCCACACUCGGAUCACACGCUAGGCACUGAUCUGGGUUGGUAUGUGGCUGUUGGCACCCACCGUGGGAAGGAGGUGGCCACUGCAGCCCUGCGCUCCCCUGUCCUGCGCGAGGCAGCCCCGACCUGCCAGCUGAGGCUCUGGCACUAUGCAGCCUCUGGAGCAGAUGCAGCUGAGCUGCGGCUGGAGCUGACCCACGGUGCCGAGACGCUGACCCUGUGGCAAAGCUCAGGGCCCUGGGGCCCAGGCUGGCAGGAGCUGGUGGUGGCCACUGGCCGAAUCCAGGGUGACUUCCGGAUGACCUUCUUUGCCACCCGAAAUGCCACACACAGGGGCGCUGUGGCCUUGGACGACGUGGUCUUCUGGGGCUGUGGGCUGCCCACCCCCCAGGCCCACUGUGCCCUGGGGCACCACCACUGCCAGAACGGGGCCUGCGUGGAGCCCCACCAGCUCUGUGACGGCGAGGACAACUGCGGGGACAGCUCCGAUGAGAGCCCCCCCGCCUGCAGCCACCACAUGGCCACCGACUUUGAGACGGGACUGGGCCCAUGGAGCCAUUCAGAGGGCUGGGCCCGGAACCGCAGUACCGGAGGCCCUGGGUGCCCCACCUGGCCACGGCGUGAUCACAGCCGGAACAGUGCACGGGGCUCCUUCCUGGUCUCUGUGGCUGAGCCCAGUGCCCCAGCCAUCCUCUCCAGCCCUGAGUUCCAAGCCUCGGGCUCCCACAACUGCUCGCUCACCUUCUACCACUACCUGCACGGGUCUGAGGAUGGCUGCCUCCAGCUGUUCCUGCAGACGCAUGGCCCCAGUGCCCCCCAGGUCCCCAUCCUGCUGCGCAGGCGCCACGGGGAGCUGGGGGCCGCCUGGGUCCGAGACCGGGUUGACAUCCGGAGUGAGCACCCCUUCCAGAUCCUCCUGGCUGGGCAGACGGGCCCAGGGGGUGUCGUGGGCCUGGACGACCUCAUCCUGUCAGACCACUGCAAGCCAGUGCCCGAGGUGUCCAGCCCAGCUCCCGGGCUCUUGGCCCCAGCGCCCGGGCCUCAGCCGCCUGGCCUGCAGCCCCAGGACUUCUGUGAGCCAGGACAUCUCUCCUGCGGGGACCUGUGUGUCCCCCCAGAGCAGCUGUGUGACUUCCAGCAGCAGUGUGGGGGGGGUGAGGAUGAGCAGGAGUGUGGUAAGGGGCAGACAGAGGUCGGGGGGGCCCCCUUCCUCCAGGCUCUCCCCACCGCAGGGGCCAGGCAGCGGCUCCGGGGCCAUUCAGUUCCGGCCACUGUUGCAGGCACCACAGACUUUGAGUCCCCCGAGGCUGGGGGCUGGGAGGAUGCCAGCGUGGGGCAGCUGCAGUGGGGGCGUCUCCCAGCCCAGGAAGGCAGGGGCCUUGGAACAGAUGCCCGUGGGGCUGUUACUGGGCACUUCCUGUCCCUGCAGAGGGCCUGGGGGCAGCUGACCGCGGAGGCCCGGGUCCUCACACCCGCCCUGGGCCCCUCCGGCCCCCACUGCAAACUCCACAUGGCUUACUAUUUUCACAGUCACUCGCAAGGCUUCCUGGCAUUGGUCGUGGUGGAGGGCAGCAGCCGUGAGCUGGUGUGGCAGGCCGGGGGCAGCAGCAGUGAGGGAUGGAAGGUGCACACCGUCCUACUUGGAGCACGCUGCCGGCCUUUCCGGCUUGAGUUUGUCGGCCUGGUGGACUUGGACAGGCCUGGCCAGCAAGGCGCCGGGGUGGACGACGUGACCCUGAAGGACUGCAGCCCCACGGAGUCCACUAAGGAAGAUGCAGAGGUCUCCUGUAACUUUGAGAGGGACACAUGUGGCUGGCAUACCGGCCACCUCACAGAUGCCCACUGGCACCGGGCCAAGAGCCGUGGCCCAGGGUACGACCACACCACCGGCCAAGGCUACUACAUGCUGCUGGACCCGACGGACCCCCCAGCCAGGGGCCCUGGCGCCCACCUGCUCACCCAGCCCCAGACACCAGCAGCCCCUCAGGAGUGUCUGUCCUUCUGGUACCACCUCUAUGGGCCCCAGAUCGGGACACUGCGCCUGGUGAUGAGACAGGAAGGAGAGGCAGAGAAGCAUCUGUGGUCACGGUCUGGCACCCAGGGCAACCACUGGCACCAGGCCUGGGCCACCCUCCACCACCAGCUGGCCUCUGGCGCCAAGUACCAACUGCUCUUCGAGGGCCUCCGCAACGGCUACCACGGCAGCAUGGCGCUGGACGACCUGGCUGUGCGGCCCGGACCCUGCUGGGCCCCUGACCACUGCUCAUUUGAGGACUCGGCCUGUGGCUUCUCCAGCGGGACCCAGGGCCUCUGGAGGCGCCAGGCCAACGCCACAGGCCAUGCCGCCUGGGGUCCCCACACUGACCACACCACAGAGACAGCUCAGGGGCACUACAUGGUGGUGGACACAAGCCCACAGGCCCUGCCCCGUGGCCACGUGGCCUCCCUGACCUCAGAGAAGCACAGGCCCCUGGCCCAGCCUGCCUGCCUGACCUUCUGGUACCACCUGAGCAUCCACAAUCCAGGUACGCUGCGGGUCCACGUGGAGGAGGCUGCCAGGCAGCAGGUGCUCAGCAUCACAGCCCAUGGAGGGUUUGCGUGGCGCCUGGGCAACGUGGAUGUGCAGGCUGAGCAGGCUUGGAGGGUGGUGUUUGAGGCCGUGGCCGCUGGCGUGGAGCACUCCUACAUCGCGCUGGACGACUUGCUCCUCCAGGACGGGCCCUGCCCUCGGCCAGCUUCCUGUGACUUUGAGGCUGGCCUGUGUGGCUGGAGCCCGCUGCCCUGGCCCAGGCCAGGCGGGUACAGCUGGGACUGGAGCAGUGGAGCCACACCCUCCCGCUAUUCCCAGCCUCCUGUGGACCACACCCUGGGCACAGAGACAGGUCACUUUGCUCUCUUUGAAACGGGCGUGCUGGGCCCAGGGGGCCAGGUGGCCUGGCUGCGCAGCCAGCCUCUGCUUGCCACUGAGGCGUCCUGCCUCCGCUUCUGGUACCACAUGGGCUUCCCUGAGCACUUCUACAAGGGCGAGCUGAGGGUGCUCCUGGGCAGUGCCAGAGGCCAGCUGGUCGUGUGGGGUGUGGGCGGGCACCUACGGCACCAGUGGCUAGAAGGCCAGGUGGAGGUGGCCAGCGCUGAGGAGUUUCAGAUUGUGUUUGAAGCCACUCUGGGCGGCCAGCCAGCCCUGGGGCCCAUUGCCCUGGACGACGUUGAGUAUCUGGCUGGGCAGCAGUGCCAGCUGCCUGCACCCAGCCACGGAUCGCGUCACUCUGCCGGCAUCCAUCACCAACGACCAGUAGACACCCCAAGGGAUCCUGGCUCUCACACAGCUCCCCCAGCCCAACACUGCCCCUCUCCUGGACACGCAGAGGCCCCAGCGCCCACCUGCACAGACUGCCACACCACGUGCCUGGGACAGUCCUCACCCAUCAAUAAACAUGCCGGCCCUCCGGCCCCCUGCUGCCUGAGGCCUGUGUCCUGCGCUGCCACCAGCUGGGAGGCAGCCGUAGAACCCCCAGACUGCUUUGCCUGGGGAUGUGCUUGGGGGCAGCUCCCACAGCUCAGUGACUCCAGCGACAGGAAAGAGGCAGGCGUAACAGCCAGGGUGAGGGGCGCCAGGAGACAGACUCCUACAACCCCGGGAGCCACAGCCAUGGCCCAGGCUCGGCAGGCACCCCAACAUCGGGCCCCAUGCAGCCCCCACCUGGCAGGUGGCUCUGCACACCUUUUAGGACUGGGUGCAAGUGACAAGCUGAGGAGGAACACCUCGGGGCUUGUGGUGGCAGGGAGCUGGGCUGCUGGGGCUGCCUGCCGCCCACUGCCCACAGCAAAGGUUCCGGUCCCUCCAGAAGGACGUCUUGAAACAGAGGUCACUUGGUGCCAUGAUGCCCCUGAGCAGGUCACUGGAGGGCAAAGCUGAGGUUCCUGGGUUCACAGGGUCUGAGAGAGAAGGUGACACCCCUGGGGUGUGGCCCCCGGUGCCCCACAUACCAUCCUCAUCUAAUGAAAGGGAGUCAAGUGUUUCUAACCCAAAAAUCGUCCCAGGCUCCAAUCUUCCAUGCAGGAAAUGUGGGUGCCCCUCCACAAGGCUUGGAAGGCCCCACUGGGCUUGGCUAUCCAGGCAGAGUGACAGACCAAACUAGACACAGCUGCACGGCCGGAUGCCCCCUCCAGCCCACAGGAGGCUCCACCUCGCCGCCCGGCCCACUGGGCUCUGGGAGCUCAACACCAAGGGCGGGGGGCGCCAAGAGGCUGACCGAUGCCACACAGCGUCCCUGCAGACGGGGACCAGGAACCAACCGUGCAGAGUGUGGCCUUCACGGCCCCUCAGGGGCCCCACAGCAGGCCAGACAGAGGCCCACUAAAGG